CAAUUGCAAAUAUCUACCACAAUUGUUGUAAAGACAAUUGGACUUUAUCAAUAAGGAGCCCUUAAAAGAAAUAAAAAUCAGUUUUUCUUUUGUUAUAUCGGCGCAUUGUUGCACUCUUUGUCUUUGGAAUUUCGGUAUAAUGGUUAUCUUAUUCCUGAUUCCGUUCCUCCUGCUGGAGGGCUGCGGGGCCUUUCAAGAUGUCAAUUUGUCCCAGCUGCAGCACAUCGCCAACCACAUCAGCCAGACGGACUGCCGUCGACUUGUUGCCUCUCUCGGAUCGGCCGACUUUGAGCUGGACCCCAGACUCCUUCAGGAAGGGCUGAAACUUCCUGCGACGGCACCAUGCAUCCAGCUGCUGGUGGCGUGGGACAAACGGGAGCGCCAUCAGGAGGUGCUGAUGCUGUUGACUCGCCGCCUUCGCCAACUGCACUACCCAGAGUUGGCCGAGUGGCUCUCAGAGACCACCUUCGAGCAACUGGAAACUGAUCUGCGCAAGGAGUUUGCAAUGGACAAGAGCGGAUGCAGAAAUCGCCAGACAGCAGAAAAGGAAGCAGAAGUGGAGCUGCGACCCAACUCGAUCUUCUUCGAAGGCCUUCAGGGUAUAAAGGCGCACCAAAGACACAUCAUCUGGGCCGCUGCCAUACUGACAGGACUUCUGCUUUUAUUCUUGGGCAUCAAACAGCUGGUCAGGUGUUGUCUCAGGUGGAAGCGUACAAGCAAGGGCUACCGCAACGUCAAAUACAACUUCGAGUUGAAAAACGCAAACAGCUCAGACCUCGAGAGCGAGUAUAAAAAGUAUUGUGAUUGUUAAUUUUUGUUCAU